AUGUCUACACUCGAAUACUUCACCUACGACGGCUUCGCUGAGCAGCUCCGAGAUGGGUUCUGGUAUAACCAAGCCGUCAAAAUCGGGGACCGUAUCGAGUGUUCAGGUCAAGGAGGUUGGGACCCCGCAACCGGCAAACUACCAACCUCCAUCACCGCCGAAAUCGACCAAGCAUUCUCAAACGUCGACCUCGCACUACGAACCGCCGGCGGGCAAGGCUGGUCCCAAGUCUACAAAAUCCACAUUUACAUGCUCGACAUCAAGGAUGAAGAAGCUGUUAAAGCAUUAGUCAGGAAUAUGAAGAAGUGGAUGCCGAAUCAUAAACCGAUUCUGACUGUGGUUGGAGUGAAGGAUUUGGCACUGGAGGGGAUGAGGAUUGAAGUGGAAGUUGCAGCGGUGAUUACCCCACCGGCAUGAUGCAUGAUGUACGAUAUAGAUAAUUAGAGAUCACACUUCGCUGUUAAAA